GUAUGCUAGCAACGUUUUUAAUAACGUCAAUACAUUAUUUUUGAGGUUAGGCGUCGCUUGGAAAUUCGUAUUAGUUUAAAAUUUUGUUUUCCUUAGUGUAUUAUGUAGUAUUGUUAUGACAAUAUGAGUUCGCCUAGAAACGACAGUGAGGAGCCGUCUUCCAGCUCUACAGAGAAGCGGUGUAUUGAGAAUGAUGCUAAUGACGCCGGCGCGUCGGGACAGCAGCAAGCCGCAAAGCGACGUCUUUCGAAUACUGUAAUAGAAAUAUCUGAUACAGAAAGUGAUGAUUCUGACGUGUGUGCAGUUAAUUCUUACCAGGCUUCUGCUGAUGAAGUCAAACGGAUUCGAAGAGACUACACAUCAUCAUCGUCGUCAUCAUCUGACUAUAGUUCAGACUCUGAGUCCCCAUGGGAGGAUGACUCUAUUGUAGUUCAGGAUAGGUAUGAAACCAAAGCAAAAAAGGCACAUCUAAAUCCCAGAGCAAAUAGAAUGGAUGACCCUAAUAUUAAUCCUGCAUUGAAGGAACAAGAUGUAAUAGAAAGGCUCACAACACAUUGGAGUGAGGACAAAGACCACACCAGUGAAGAGGUGACCCUAAUGUGUAAACCUUUCAAGUUAUGCCAAUUACACAACUUCCUAGCUAAUCCUGAGAUUAUUAAUAACAUUGUGGAUGAUAUGAACACAUUAGAUUGGACGAGAAAAAAGAUGGACUUAUAUGAGUUUCACCAAACAACAGAUCUUGCUAAUCUCACUUGGCAGCGGAGUAUAAGAGGCAUUUAUGAGCUGUUGAAGACUGAAUUAAAAAGUUGGGUGUCUCAAGUGACAGGCAUAGAACUGGAAGGUGUGUCAGCGUCAUGUUCACUGUACGGCCCGGGUGACCACCUGCUCAUCCACGACGACCGGCUGACCGACCGGCGUGUGGCCUUCAUUCUCUACCUCGCACCCUGGCAGCCUCCACACAGAUAUCACUUGUUCCAGAAUGGAGGCGAUGAUACUAAUCACAAGGGCGCGAGGGGGGCGAAGGGCGCGUGGGGCGGGUGGAGCGGGUGGAGCCGCGCGAUGGGCGGCGCGCUGGAGCUGUUCGCGCGCGACGCGGCCGGCGCGCCCGCCGACGUCGCCCGCCGCGUCUACCCCGCCAACAACAUGCUGGCCUUCUUCCAGGUCGGCAAGGACUCUUUUCAUCAGGUGGGCGAGGUGUUGUCCAUGGAGCUGCCGCGGCUGUCGAUCAACGGCUGGUUCCACGGGCCCGCGCCGCCGCCCGAGCGCCCGCUGCCCGACUCCUUCCCCAAGCUGCGCCUGCACUCCAAACUCGUGGUGCUGCAGCAGUGGGUGGAGAGCACGUACAUGUCGACGCGCGUGCGCGCGCAGGUGCAGGCGCAGAUGGAGCGCGCCAGCGAGGUGUGCCUGCGCGCGCUGCUGCAGCCCGCGCGCGCGCACGCGCUGCUGGCCGCGCUCGCCGCGCCCGACGUGCCGUGGGAGCCGUGCGACGGGCGGCACCAGCGGCGCUACGAGCGCGUGUCGCCCGCCUGGCUCCCGGCGCUGGGGGAGGGGCACCCGGUGCGCGCGCUGGCGCGGCUGGCCAGCUCCACGGCGUGGGCGCGCCUGCUGGCCGACUGCACCGACCUGGCGCUCGUGUCCUACUGCCGCCUUGAGCUGCAGCGCUGGAAGCGGGGCGACUUCACCCUGCUCCCGACGCGAGAGCAGUACCAGGAGCCGCGGCUGGAGGCGGUGCUGUACCUGGGCGUGCCGGAGCACCCCAUCUGCGGCGGGCAGACCGUGUACGUGGCGCCCGAGGAGGCGGAGGGCGAGGGCGCGGCGGGCGAGACGGGCGAAGCCCUGGUCACGGUGCCGCCCGUGCACAACGCGCUCAACCUGGUGUACUGCGACGCGGGCGCCGCCUCCUUCACCAAGUACCUCAGCAAGCUCACCAUGCGCGAGAACGAAAGGUUCUACAUCCUGACGUGCACGUACAGCGAGUGACGGCGGCGCGGCGCCCGCGCGGGCGGGGCUCCGCCCCCGGGCAGCGGGUAGUGCAUUGUGACUGUAAUGUGGUCGGCACCACUCUGUGGUCGUACUGUGUAUAUAGUUUGACUGUGUAACAAAUAAAUAUAGAUAAUACAGUGUUGGGACGUUUGUUUACAUCACAGUAGCCGUAGGGAAGACUUGCGUACUCUUCGUUACUUGAGCCGAUAUUUAGUGCAGGGUAUGUAAGUCGGCAGUGAUUGUUUAUAAUUUUCACCGAUUGUUUUAUUAUACUUAAGUUUGAGGAAUAAAUGAUUGAAAUGAAGUGAGACGAAUGCUUCGUUAAUGUCAUUAACGUUUGUUAUGACUUAUUGUAUACACAGGGUGAAUGCUAAGUUUAUUAUGAUAAAGAAUUCAAGAGAAAAUUAUACUAUGAUAUUUUUAGUGUAAUAGCAUUAAUUUGCUUUAUAAAUAUCAAAUACUUUAAUAACAGAAAAAAUCGAUUUUGAAGCGGGACUCGAACCCGCGUCUUGUAUUACCAUGCCUCUCGGCCACCCAAUUACCUAAUUAAGAAAAAUUAUAGUGAUUUACCAAACUUUAUUAAAAUAAUAAUUCUUCAAACAUCGCCUAUUAGCAGAAUCAACAAGAGUUUACUUAGACACCAAAUCUAUAAUUUCAAUAUUUUAUCAAACAUUGUAAUUAUGUUUUACUAUGGUUUGUUCAGGGCCUGAGCUGGUCUCGUUUCAGUGUCUUUUAAAAUUAAUUAAAUAAUAUUUGAUAAUCUUUUUGUAAUCAUAUUAUUAUCGCUAACCAAAAUAGAAUUAAAAUUGUCUUUUUAUGAAUAUUCUAUUUAUUUUAAAAUUUAUUAUUUACCGUAUCGAAACUUUGUUUCAAGUGUAAAAUAUAUGAAGGGGACGGUAAUAAAUAAUUAUUUUCUUGAAGGUUCUACCCUGUGUUUCGUUUUAAUUAGGUUGUUAGUUAUUCACAACUUUGUUGCGUUUUUUAUAUAUUAACUAAAGCAAUAGGACAGAUAAAUUAUUGUCCAAUAUUUUUUGGUUCACGUAACCAAUAUUGUUUAUUUUGCAAGCAAUUGAAUACGAGUUUUUUAGAAUAUAGAGUCAUUCACGGUCAAUCCAUCGCAACCAUCUGCCGCAGGCCGCGCCCACAAUGGGAUUGAUCAUGAACACUCAUCUGUAUAUUAAAUAUAAUAUAAUAUAAAUGUCUAAAAUAAAAAACCAUUCUGUAAAUAUGUUAAUACUUUUAGUUUCAAAGUUAUUUGUUAACAUAUAGUAAAGUUCACUUUACAAAUAAACUAGUAUAAAAUCUCAAUGACUGACGACAGGUAUUCAUACGUUAGCACUAUUUUAGUUUUAAAUGUGUAGUACUUAUCACAUGAAUGAUAUAAUAUAAGAAAUGAAGCAAAUAUUUUUACUACACUUAUGUAGGCACUUAGUUUGAAGUACAAAAACGUUUAUAUACUUGAACAAGGUUGUAUAAAGUAUUGAUUUAUGUGGACAAAAUGAUGAGGAAACGUUAAGAAAAUUUGUGUAUUAAAUUAGAUAAAGUUGUAGCAAAGAGCAAGUUAUUGUAUUGAAGUCAAACCUUGGAAGUUGGUUAAACGAUUGAAUCCUUGGUUCGUUUAAUUUUGUGUAAUUUAUUUGUUCUCAUUAAUAAAAAUGUACAUAGAAAUG